AUGAGCUUGAAAGAAGUAUUCGAACAACAUCCAUGGAGGUCAUUUAAGAAGUUCAAUGAAGCUGCAAAGAGUUGGGGAUUUACUAACAGAGCUGAAGUUAAAACGUUCUUUGACAAAAAUGUUGUACAUCAAACAAAAAUAAACCCUUACGACUACUUUUUACCAAUUUACUCCAACACUCCUGACGCAUACCAAUUUGACACUCUCAUUCAAAGCAGAAAAGGAGGACAUAAACCAUUCCUCAUCUUCAUUAAUGUUAACACUCGUAAAGCAUAUGCAUAUCCAAUGAAAAAUAAAGGAACUCGUGAAGUGUUAAGAGUUUUACAAAGUUUGUAG